GUUGCCCCGGCGACCGCGGCGGUUUGUUCUCAGACCCCGGCCUCUCCCACAGCGUGCCUCCCCGCCGUCCCGCCGCGGUGGUACGGUCCAGGGCGCCAGGCACUAGGCCGCCCGAGCCGGCGCCAGUGGGCGCCCCGCAGCGGGGGAGGAGGUGGUGAGAUACCAUCAGGAAAAUGCCGGACGUCGAGGAGAGUGUGCCCCCGAAGGACCCUGGUGACUCAGAGGGCGGGUCCUGUAAGCCGGAAACCUCAGGACUCCCCCAGGAAGACAAGAGCGGCCCCAAGGACCCCCGUCCCUGCCCGAGGCCCCCUGUUGACAAGAGGUCCUCAAAGAGUUUUUGGUCCUGGAGAAAGAAGUGACCCAAGAGUGGAUUGCUUGAAUCUGACGAGAUUUGAGACUGAGUUGGUUCAAAGCCCUCCUUUGUAUUUUCUUUCUGUCACAGGUCUGACAGAAACUGUUAAUGAAGUUUCCAAGCUGAGUAACGAGAUUGGGAUGAAUCACGAUUACAUGGAAGAGAAGGUUUUACUUCCAAGCAGUCUGGAAGGCAAGGUCAAGGAGACAAUGCACAAUGCCUUUUGGGACCAUCUUAAAGAGCAACUAUCAGCAACUCCCCCUGACUUCAGUUGUGCUCUUGAACUUCUGAAAGAAAUUAAAGAGAUCUUGCUAUCACUGCUAUUACCACGCCAGAACCGCCUAAGAAUUAAGAUUGAAGAAACUCUGGACAUGGACUUGCUCAAGGAGGAAGCAGAACAUGGGACCCUGAAAGUCCCCUCUCUCUCUAAGUGUGUUCUCAACAUGAUGGCUUUGCUGUGUGCACCAGUUCGAGAUGAAGCCGUGCAGAAACUAGAAAACAUUACGGAUCCUGUUUGGCUACUGAGAGGGAUCUUCCAGGUUCUGGGCCUGAUGAAAAUGGACAUGGUGAACUACACUAUCCAGAGCCUUCAACCCCACCUGCAGGAACACUCCAUUCAGUAUGAACGGGCUAAAUUCCAGGAACUCCUCAAUAAGCAGCCUAGCCUCCUUAAUCAUACCACCAAAUGGCUGACCCAAGCAGCAGCAGAUCUCACCACGUCACCUCCGACUUGCCCAGACACUUCUGACUCCUCCAGUGUGGCUGGCCCCUCUCCUAACGAGGCAGCCAAAAUCCCAGAGCCUCUCAGUCCCACAAUGGUGCUGUCUCAGGGCUUCCUGAACCUCCUUCUCUGGGACCCUGAAAAUGAAGAGUUCCCUGAGACCCUGCUGAUGGACAGAACCCGGCUGCAGGAGCUGGAGUCCCAGUGGCACCAGUUAACCAUCAUGGCCUCAGUCUUGUUGGUGGCCAGUAGUUUUUCUGGCAGUGUUUUGUUUGGCUCACCCCAGUUUGUGGAUAAACUAAAACGCAUAACCAAAUCCCUUUUGGAAGACUUUCACUCCAGGCCUGAGGAAGCUAUACUGUCUGUGAGCGAACAGGUGUCUAAGGAAAUCCAUCAAAGCCUCAAGAAUAUGGGCCUUGCUGCUCUAAGCAGUGACAAUGCAACAUCUCUGAUGGGACAGCUACAGAACAUUGCCAGGAAGGAGAACUGUGUCCGCAGUGUCAUUGAUCAGCGGAUCCAUUUGUUUCUCAAAUGCUGUUUGGUUCUUGGUGUGCAGCGGUCUCUGUUAGAACUCCCUGGAGGCCUUACUCUCAUUGAAGCAGAACUGGCAGAACUGGGCCAAAAGUUUAUCAACUUGACACACCACAAUCAGGAGGUGUUUGGUCCCUACUACACUGAGAUCCUCAAAACUCUCAUCUCCCCAGCCCAGGCACUGGAAACAAAAGUGGAAUCUGCCUGAUAGCGUGGGCUCAGAGCCCUGGUACCUUGGAUCCAAGAGGCCCAUCAUCUUCGUAGGGUAGCAUCACCAGUGACCAGCAGACAGUGAGGUUCUAUCCCAGCCCUUGCAGCUAGUACAUCAAGGCUGCAGGGAUCAAGCAUGUAAACACCAACUGGCCCAAAACCAUUUGCUAAUAAACUUCUGAAGUGUAA